CGCUGCUUUGGCCGCCUGACGGACGCGUGGCGUCACCAGUUCCCGGAGGCCUCAGAGAUCCCUCGUUGGGGUGACCUGUCCAGGGCGGGUGUUGCCAUCUAUGAUCUUGACUUUGAUGCUAUUCUCUCUGCCAUGUAUGCUGUGUCUAUUAGUGAUGAGGGUGACUGUUACCGGUGUUUCCCGCCCGAUCCGGGUAUUGAGACUGCUGCUCUAGGUCCUGGUGAGGCUGCUGCCCUAGGUGCUUGCGACGCUGCUGCCCUAGGUGCUCGUGUGUCUGCGUCCUCAGGUACUGGUGAGUCUGCGCUCUCAGGUACUACGUCGGCUUCGGCCUCCCUCACCUUCACCCUUGACUCUGGGGCGUCUCGCUCCUUCUUUAGGGACCGCACCACACUCACACCGCUGAGUCGACCGGUUGCAGUGUCUCUGGCUGACCCCUCUGGGGGUCCUGUCCUGUCUCGCUUCUCCACAGUCCUCCCGUGUCCGGCGGCUCCCUCUGGCACCCUGUCUGGUCUCUACCUCCCCUCGUUCUCUACGAACCUGGUGAGUGGUGCUGACCUACAGGAUGCGGGUGUACACCAGUUCACUCCUGCGCGUCAGCGGGUGACGCACUGUACAGAGGCUCGCACAGGCCGACACCUGGCUACGUUUACCCGUCAGCCGGGGUCGAGCCUGUACACACUGACCACUGCGUCUCCUCCCGUUACUGAGUCUGGUAGAGUCGCUUCGUCGGGUCAGGUGUUUGCUGCUGCGUCCAGGUCUGGUCCUGAGUCUGCCCCCUGUUCUUGUCGUCUCCUGUCUCACGAGACUCUUCUCUGGCACCACCGUCUUGGUCACCCCUCUCUGCUUCGGCUCAGAGGCAUGGCCUCCCGUCUUCUAGUGUCUGGUCUCCCCCGGUCCCUCCCUCCCCUUCCUCAGGGCCCUGGCCCUACCUGUGUCCCCUGUGUCGAGGGGCGCCAGCGUGCUGCCCCUCACUCCUCCCAGUUUCCUCCGACAGAGGCCCCGUUGCAGACGCUCCACAUGGACGUGUGGGGCCCAGCCCGCGUCCGUGGGCAGGGUCACGAGCGCUACUUCCUGCUCGUUGUUGACGACUACUCGCGUUACACCGCAGUCUUCCCCUUGCGCGGCACGGGUGAUGUCACUGAGGUGCUGAUCGACUGGAUCCGCGCAGCUCGUCUCCAGCUCAGGCAGAGCUUUGGCUCCGACUUUCCUGUUCUGCGUCUGCACUCGGACAGAGGCGGAGAGUUCUCCUCUGGCCUUCUGCGAGCCUACUGUCGUGCACGAGGCAUCCGUCAGACCUUCACGCUCCCGGAAUCUCCGCAGCAAAAUGGGAUUGCUGAGCGCCGCAUUGGCAUGGUCAUGGACGUCGCUCGUACGUCUAUGAUGCAUGCGGCUGCCCCCCAUUUUCUGUGGCCGUUUGCGGUGAGGUACGCGGCACGUCAGAUCAACCUUCACCCCAGGGUCUCCAGGCCGGAGACCUCCCCAGCCUUGCUGUGGACCGGGAAGGUGGGCGAUGCGUCGGCGUUCCGGGUCUGGGGAUCUCGGGCGUUUGUCCGCGACUUGUCUGCGGACAAACUGUCCCCUCGUGCUGCUCCUUGCGUCUUCCUGGGGUUCCCCCCAGACGCGCCUGGGUGGCAGUUCUACCACCCCACCUCUCGCCGUGUUCUGUCCUCUCAGGACGUCACGUUCGACGAGUCGGUACCCUACUACCGCCUCUUCCCCUACCGCACUCCGUCCCCCCCCCCGCCCCCGCUCUUCCUUGUACCAGGUCCCCCCCCGGUAGACCCCCUCCCCCCUCAGGGUCCUGCCCCUUCAGGUGUGUCCCAGGUAGACGCAGUCGAGCCUGUCGAGGUCACUGGUGACUCUGGUGCUGCUGGGGGUGCUGAGCCUGGGGGUGCUGGGCCUGGGGGUGCUGGGCCUGGGGGUGCUGAGCCUGGGGGUGCUGAGUCUGGGGGUGCUGAGCCUGGGGGUGCUGAGCCUGGGAGUGCUGAGCCUGGGGGUGCUGAGCCUGGGGGUGCUGAGUGUGGGGGUGCUACGCCUGGGGGUGCUUUGCCUGGGGGUGCUGGACCUGGGAGUGCUGCGCCUGGAGGUCCUCCGCCUCGAGUUUCUACGCGUGCUUUGUCUCGCCGGGAGCCACUCUCUCCACAGGAGCUGCGCGAGUGGUUUGCCCGGCGCUGGAGCCGUGCUGCUGGUGCUGGAGGUUCGUCGGCUACUGAGGGUGCUGCUGUUGCGGGUCCCGGAGGUGCUCGUACUGGGAGUACUGGAGCUGCUGGGCCUGCGGGUUCGACUGGAGCUGGUGCUGCUGAGGGUGUUGGAGCUGAGACUACCACUGGCGGUCCUGCUGGGGGUGCUCCUGGUGUUGCUCGAGGUUCUGGAGCUACUGGAGGUGCUGCUGGAGCGGGUGCUCCUGCUGGGGGUACUGGUGCUGUCCCUGCUGUUUCUGGCGUAGCUACGCGGCCUCGACCGUACUUCGUUCCACUCCUGCAGCAGGUUCUUGGUCUUCCGCCCUCUCCUGGUCCUCCUCCUCUCUUGGAGGGUCCACAGCCUGUCCCGUCGCGGUCACUGCUACAGCCUACCUCCCCUUUACCUGCUCCUUCUCCCUACACUGGUCCUACUGGAGGUCUUACUGAGCGUCGUGAGCCUGCGUCUCGCCCUGCGUCGCCUGUCCGUGCUGCUCGCGCUAGUGGUCGUGGUUCGCGUCAGCGUCCUCCUCCUGUCCCUGGCACGCACAGGAUGUCUCUGCGUCCGUCUACUGCUCCUCUGCGUGCCCCUUUGCCUUCUCCUCCUGAGUCCUCUCUUCCUGCUCUUCCCGACCCUGCGUCGGACUCUCUUCGUGCUGCCAGUCCUACUGUCACGCGUCUCCUUGCCACUGUCGUCACUGACCCUUCCUUCGAGUCUACUGCUGCGUCUGCCCUAGUUACUGAGCUCGUCGACUUUGCUGCUCGCUGUCGCCUAGACUACGCUGCUAGUCUUGUCGCUGAGUCUGGGUCUGCCUGUCCUCCGUCAGUCGGGGGUGAGUGUGCCCUUGGCACGGACGUCCUUGAGGACAGGCAGGAGGAGUUCCAGUGUCUGGCAGCUACUUCACCUCAUCUCGUGUCCGUACUGCUUACCCCUGAGGGAGACCCGGAUGCACUUGACAUCCCGACUCCGCGCUCUUACGCGGAGGCGAUAGAGGGUCCCUACUCCUCUCAGUGGCAGGCAGCUAUGGAUGCAGAGAUGGCUUCCUGGAAGUCCACAGGCACCUACGUUGACGCUGUCCCCCCUCUUGGGGCGAACAUCGUCAGUGGCAUGUGGAUCUUCAGGGUGAAGCGGCCGCCGGGUUCUCCGCCUGUCUUCAAGGCACGUUACGUGGCUCGUGGCUUCAGUCAGCGACAGGGAGUUGACUACUUUCAGACCUUCUCCCCCACCCCGAAGAUGACCACUCUUCGGGUGCUGCUACACGUUGCUGCUCACCGUGACUACGAGCUGCACUCUCUCGACUUCAGCACUGCUUUCUUGCAGGGCAGCCUGCACGAGGAGAUCUGGCUGCGCCGCCCACUUGGCUUCACUGGGUCUUUCCCUCCUGGUACCCAGUGGAGUCUCCGGCGUCCAGUCUACGGUCUCCGCCAGGCGCCACGUGAGUGGCACGACACACUGAGGACUACGCUUGCGGCUCUUGGGUUUGCUCCUUCUACUGCCGACCCGUCGCUGUUUCUACGCACCGACACCUCUCUGCCGCCGUUCUACAUCCUCGUGUACGUCGACGACUUGGUCUUUGCCACAGCUGACACUGCUGGACUCGCCCACGUGAAGUCCGAGCUGCAGAAGAGACACACGUGCACAGACCUGGGUGAACUGCGCAGCUACCUUGGCUUGCAGAUCACCCGGGACAGAGCACGCCGCACCAUUACCCUGACUCAGUCACACAUGGUGCAGCAGGUCCUUCAGCGCUUCGGCUUCACGUACUCCUCGCCUCAGGCCACUCCUCUGCCUACUCGCCACUCACUCUCAGCUCUGCCUUCGGAUGAGUCAGUAGAGUCGAGUGGCCCGUAUCCAGAGCUUGUUGGCUGCCUCAUGUACCUGAUGACCUGCACACGACCUGACCUUGCAUACCCUCUUAGCAUUCUUGCACGCUAUGUUGCUCCUGGGAGACACCGACCAGAGCACAUGGCUGCAGCGAAGAGGGUGUUGCGAUACUUGUGCAGUACGUCGGGCAUGGGACUAGUGCUUGGAGGGCGGAGUCCAGUGGUCCUCACUGGGCACGCGGACGCUUCUUGGGCUGACGACCAGGCUACGCAGCGGUCGUCGCAGGGUUACACCUUCAGUCUUGGUUCCGGCUCUGUCUCGUGGCGAGCUACUCGCUCGUCCUCUGUUCUCGGCUCCAGUUGUGAGGCUGAGAUCUACGCCGGGGCCAUGGCUGCACAGGAGCUUCGCUGGCUCACCUACCUGCUGACUGACCUUGGAGAGCCGCCUCGUUCUCCUCCAGUGCUGUACGUAGACAACAAGGCCAUGCUGGCCUUGUGUCGAGAGCAGCGCUUGGAGCACAGAACGAAGCACAUUGCUCUCCGUUACUUUCUUGCUCGUGAGCUGCAGCAGCGUGGUCAGUUGCGACUUGCGUACGUGGCCUCUCAGGCCAACACUGCUGAUGUGUUCACCAAGGCACUUGCGCCUUGUGACCAUCAGCGCUUCUGCACUCAGCUGGGUCUUGUACCUGUCUUGCCUCACUUGCUCUCCUCUUGA